AUGCAGUUUGUGGUGCGUCAGCACUUUAUUACAGUUGGUGCUUCAAGUAACGGCGGCAUGGACAAUCCUAACGACUGCUUCCCCUUCGACUGGGAAGACCCUGAAUUCUUGCUGGAGCCAGACGACCACGAGGGCUUUAAGAACAACCUCUACGUGGACUUGGAUCCUGCUGAUAGCUUAUCUGAUUACGAGGAGCGCGUUACUCGCCAGGCGUUAGAAGCGCCAACUGCUCUGGUUACUAGCGAUUUAUGCGCAUGCAAAACACCUGAGCCUCAAGAUGACGCUCAACAAAAAACACCCAUUCACGAGCAGACAGCUUGGGAUGGGGAGGGCUUAGAAGUAGGAACCGUACUUCCUACUGUGCCCAUCACCUUGGUUAACCAUGUUUCCGUGGACAUACCAUCAAGCACCCUCGUUAUACCCCGAUCCCUUUACCAAGGCGAGCCUGAUGAGGAGGAGCCCCAAGCUAAGCCAGCAAGAGAGUGGACAGCCAUUCAGUCAAUACUGGAGGAGUACCGUCGAGUUCACAGCAGCAACAGCGGUGAAAUCGAAUUUGACUUGGACCAAUUUGCUGUCUACAUUGACGCCGCUGUACCAAGGGACGACAAGUCUCAGAAGCAACGGCCAUAUCCAUGCGAGAUGCGGCCGCUCCAACAUCUUGGAACCCAGUUCCGCUGCAAUAAAAUGUAUGUGGACGGCAUACUGUCAGUAGGGAAGAAGCAAUUUUCCAUCAGAGGCGUUCCUUUUGAAGAAUUCCCAAUUGGCAACUAUGGCUCUUCAGAACCGACUGUGGGGUCUCAACUCUGGAUGCGCUCAUGCUUGAGCGCUGCGAUUGCCAAAAGACAAAACACCAACAUCUACUACAGACUCAAAAACCCAUCAACUGAGUAUCAACGGUAUUACACUGGGUUCGUAUGGGUUGCAGACUUAGCAAAGCAUGUCAUCGAUUAUCUUUCCACAGCCCAGGACGAGAAACGGCAAGUUGUCUUCAAAGACUUUCGAUCUGCUUUCCAUGCUUGGAUAGACAAGCAGCAUGGAAACUCAGAAGUCUUUCAUCAAUGGCGAAGCCAAUACCAGAGGACUGAUUUCUGCAGCGCAGUUGCUGCAAACCUAGAAUUCAUCUGGAAGGAGGCUUCUGGAGUUCUUGGACACAAGGUCAGAUCGAUCUACCUACGGAAGCUGUGGAAAGAGAUACGCGAGUUCACUGCGCACUCAGACGGCGAUGACAAAACAUACUCUACACCGGCAACUAUUACUCCGUUGGCCUCCCCCUCGCCAACUCCAAGCAAGCGACAGCCUUCGCAUAUCCCAAAGACAGUGGUUACGCCAUAUGUCAACCAGUUAUUUGAUCACCUACCGUGCGGCCCAAUGAUGGAAGCGCUGGACCCAAGUCCUAAAACCGAAAGGUUGCGCCGAGACGUAACCAAGGCUCUUCGACUCGAUUCAGCACUGGAAAUUCAUACCGGUACGUCAGCCAAGAAUACAAACCAAAGAAGCCCCGAAACAUCUAUCAAUGUCGGCGACGUCAUCUCUAUAGCUCGAGACGAGGACGGCAACUGGACUAGAGAAACCCCUGCCGGCUUCAAUGAUGUUGACCGGUGGUUCGGGCUUGUACAGAAAGUCCAUAAGCGCAACGAUGGCAAGAAAAGCUUUGACAUCAUCUGGAUGUACCGUGCCGUUGACACGAUCUGUGGCAACAUGAGAUACCCCUGGAGUAAUGAGUUGUUUAUGUCCGACCACUGCAGUUGCAACAACUCAGCUGAUGACAAGAUCAAAGAAGAGGAGGUGCUAGCUGCACACAAGAUUGACUGGGGUGGUUUCGAUCCUGCGAAGCCCUUUCGCAAGCUUCGUGGAUUCGACCUGUUCUGUGGAGGCGGCAACUUCGGCCGCGGCCUUGAAGAAGGCGGCGUAAUCGAAAUGAACUGGGCGAACGACCUCAACGUGAAAGCGAUCCAUACAUACAUGGCGAACACAGCAAACACUGUCUAUCCUUUUGCUGGGUCAAUUGACGACCUGCAGACAUUGGCGCUACAGGGCAAGUUCAGCAAAAAGGUGCCGCCUGUCGGUUCAGUCGACUUUGUGUCAGGGGGCAGCCCUUGCCCGGGAUUCUCCCGCCUUACAAAUGACAAAGCUACCCCUGAGCAGCGGAAGAACCAGUCUCUUGUGGCCGCUUUUGCGUCCUUUAUUGACGUUUAUCGACCGAAGUUUGGGUUGCUUGAAAACGUCAUGGAUAUCGUGCAGACCAAGACGAAGCGCAACGAGGACGUUUUCAGCCAGCUGAUCUGUGCUAUCGUCGGCCUCGGUUACCAAACUCACUUUUUCAUUAUGGACUCUUGGGCCUACGGCUCUCCUCAGAGCCGUAGCCGUGUCUUUUUAUGCUUUGCUGCGCCAGGUCUCAAGCUCCCUGAAGUGCCAAUACAGUCACAUUCGCACUAUGAAUCCGGCAAACGUCGCAAGACACUAGGUUGGUUACCAAACGGCGAGCCAAUGGUGGAGCGCCUCGAAAUCCCGACACCAUUCAAGUUCGUAAGCAUAGCCGAGGCCACAGCAGACCUGCCAGACAUAAUGGACGGCAAGGCGGACUGCUGUGUGAACUUCCCUGACCACCGAAUGGCAUACAGCAUUACAAGACCAGCCAGGGCACAACUCAGCGUGAUCCCGAUGCACCCUUGGGGCAUGAACUUCCGAACAACGUGGGACAAUGGCAAGGGCACGAUGACGACGGCUGAGAGGGGAUUGUUCCCCAGCAAAGGUGAGAGAGUCUUGUCUCCAACCUCUCGGGCUUGGGGCCGCGCAUUCCCGAACAGUGUUAUGCAGACAGUCACCACGACGCCAUCGCCAACGGAUGCACGUAUCGGUCGCGUCAUGCAUUGGAACCAGAAUCGUGUGUUGAGCGUCAUGGAAGUCCGGCGUGCUCAGGGUUUCCUCGACCACGAGGUGAUCUUAGGGACGCCAAAAGAGCAGUGGAAGGUGGUCGGAAACAGUGUGGCUCGGGAGGUGUCGCUGGCUCUGGGUCUCUCGUUCCGAGAAGCUUGGCUUGGAUCCUUGAUCGAUGGCGAGGAAGUCCAGCCUACUGUUGACGUACCUCAACAGUUAGCACAGGCACAGGCGCAGGCAGAGGCAGCAUCGGGGAGCUCCGACAGCGACAAGGACAUGGCGGAGACAGACACUCUAUCGACAGAGUCUCGUGGAGAGACCCCCGUUUUGGUAUCGCCGCGAUCUCAGAAGCGCAAGUUGGGGAGCUCCUUUGUCAUUGAGUUGGUCGUUUCGAAGAUGCCAAAGAAACAGAGAGGGCAGUUGACACCGGAGAGGAGCGAAGGGUCGGAGGAUGAUGAGUCUGCAGACGACGAUGAGUUUGCGGAGGUUCCUUCGGCAUCGACAUCCUCAUCGUCGAGCUCGGGCUACGAGAUCAUUGAGCUGGAUUAG